AUGGGAUGUUGUGAAGCCAAUGGUAUAAGGAAUAGAUUAGAGCAAAUCAAUCCAUUCAAAUAACAAAGAGAUCACUCAGCACCAAUAUGCAAGAAACCAAUAUUUGAUGACAACUCUACAUAACAAUACAAAUCCGAGUCAUAAUAUUAUUCCUAUAAAACUCAACAAUUCCGAGUAUCCAGAUCCCCCAACAAAUUCGAUGACUUUAAUACUAACCAAUUUAAACUCCAGCCUAAGCACUCUCCAAUCCAACACAGAAUCCAAACUCAGCAGGCUCUUUCUUGUCCUCCUAUUCGAUAAUAAACUAACUAAUUCAUGAGUAAUCAAAGUUUCUCAGUACCAGUAAGCACUUUGGUGUAAUAACCACAAUAUGUUAUAAACAGUCAACCAUAAUAGUCUUAAACAUAUGUGAUAUAUCCUCAAAGUAAUAAUGUUAGUUUUCGUGGAGAUCAUCAUGUAAAUCAAAUACUAAACAAUCUUAAUAAUUGUACUAAUAUAUUUGUGCUAUAUCUUAGAACUACUUCGAAAGCUAUAAUGAAAGUUGAAGAUGAUAAAUUAACUAACAAUGACAGAGAAGUAAUGCAAGACAUCUUUCAUAAAUUAGAAAAGACAUCUUGUUUUAAUUCUAAGAAGUCAAGCAAAAGUAAUUUGAGUGGAUCUAUGUAAAUGAACAGUAAGGAACUAAAAAAGAUGUAUGAUCAAAUGAAUAAUUAAUUACAAUUAUUGAAUAAGUUAAUAGUUUGUUUAGAUGAUAAAUGGAAUUUACAAGAUAGCAAACAAGUCAAAUAAUAAUUGAAAGAAUUUUCAGAGAAAGUGAGGGAAUUGGGAGAAGUCACUUUGCAUAAUAGUUUUAUAGAAUAGCAAAUGGGCGAUAAGAGUUUUAGGUCUCAGGAGUCUUCAUUUCUCCCAAAGACUAAUCAUACUUAAGUGAAUGAAAUGGAUUUCAGCAAUCUGAAAGAGGAGGAGGAUAGUCAAAUUAGACAGAUGAAGGAUGUCAUGUAAUAAUAUCGAAAUCAAACUACUGAAUUGAGUGGUCUAUUUUAGAGAGACUUAAAUAGGAGUAGUUUUAUUAGAACAAAAAAGUAGGAGAGCAAAUUGUCAUCUGAGAGAAUGAAGGAAAAUAAUUCAAAAAUUGAUUCAUUAAUAAAUAAAUUGCAUCAUUUGAAUCAAAGCUAUAAAUUGUUAUCUAAUGAAUGA